GGAAAGGACUUUGGAAGAUCGAACUCGAACGGUGAUGUCCCCCUUUUCCGCAGGAAGACUUUCGCGCCAGCGACAGAAUUCGAGGGGCGACGUUCGCCACUCUGGACGAGAAAGCCAGUUGAAAGAAGAUGUAUCAAAAACGAGGUUGUAUCGGUCGAGCGAAGAAAGCGCGAAAGAAAACGUGCUCCCGUUGCAUGAGUAUGUUUUCGGGAAGAAAGGGAGCAGAGGGCAAUAGCGGAAGAAAGGAGAACAAAUCCUGGAAGCGUAGCAGGGUGAAGCAAAAAGGCAGAAGACACGGAAACGCAGAGGUGCAGGUCCGCGACCUGACUGACCCUGCGUCGACGGCCCGGUCGUCUUCCAGCCUGUCGGUCUACCCUACUCCGUCGCGGCUCUUACCCUCACCCUUAGCCUCGGGGGUGGAUUGAAACGGUCCGGCCCAUUUUUCGCGCCCCACUUGACUCCUCGUCCCGAUUGGUUGCCGCCCUCUAGUCCCGUGACCUCGCUUCCCUCGUCGUAUCUCAGCUCGUACCUCGUUCGCAAAAGAAGUAUCCAAGGAAACGGAAGAAAAUCCGUGAAAGACGACCAACGGUUCCGUUUAUCGUCGAGAUUGUUGUAUCCUACCGCGACGCUCGACCGCCUCGUUUGUCCUUCAACUUUGACGAGUUUCCGAAGAUGAACCGACGACACAGGAACCUUCUUGUCGCUUAAGAAAACGCGUAAGUUUGUCGCGAGACGAAGCAAAACGCGGAGAGACGAAAAAAGAAAAAAAAAAGAGGGAAAUUGAGAAACUUCGAAGCCGUACGAACGGUGGUGGUUUCCUAUAACGAGUAUCGGAGGUCGAAACGCGAUUUUUACCGAACUCGAUUUCGCGUUGACGGAGGGGAAGUGGAAGAGGAAAAGUCGAGUAAUUUGGCGCGUCUAGGAAACUGGUUCGAUUUCGACGAGUGCAUUAAAAAAUCGGUAGGUAGUGUAAGCGCGGUAACCCUGGUCGAGGAAAGAGUUUGAACGGGAGACAGCGCGGAGGGCCGCGCGCGUUUGACCGUGCUAGAGGGAGACGGAGCGGGAGUGUGGUGAAAGGGAGGAGGAAGGAAAGCGGUGGCGAUGGUGGCGCGAGAGAGAGAAGAGGUAGGAUAUCGUGGCGUAGGCUGUUCGGCGGUAAAGUGUACGCGGAAGGACGCGCGGUGCGGCCGAAGCGGGCGAAACGGGCGAAGCGGAAUGGAGAGGGGUCGGAGGGCGCGAGGUAGGGCAGGGCGGCAGCCAAUGAGAGGCGCAUCGGGGCGCGCCCGGGACUCGACCCCACCUUCGGUAGUCAUGGCAACUGGUGAAACCCGCGAGAAACCCGCGAGAGAGUUUGGCCUGGUGGGGAACAGGUCGGUGUCAGGGGUCGUCUUAGUCGGCAGUCGGUCUCUGGUCGGCCCCAAGAAUAGUCGUAUCGAGGCGGUAGUCGAGUAUCACCUCUCUUCUCCUCCUCCUGCUGCUAGUGCCGGCACGAGCGCACUCGGGUACCCACAGGCACACGCGUGGCUUAUCGACUUGGCUGUGCGCGCGCCCACUCUUUUUCUCUCUCUCUCUCUCUCUCUUUCUCUCCUUCUUUCUCUUCUCUCCUUUCUCUUUCAUUCUAUCUUCGCUCUCCUCCUCCUCCUCCUCCUCACCACCCCACCCCUAUUUCUACUCUCUUUUUUCUUCGCUCCUCUCUCGUUUCUGCCUCCUCCGCCGCCGCCGCCGCCGCCGCCACCGCCUCUCCUUCUCUUCUCGCUCCUUCCUCCCCCACCUCCAGUGUCCACCACCCACCCUACGGUGUGCGUAGAGCGCACACCCUCUCUGCCCUGUGCCUCGGUGGCUCGUGCCACCGCGCAUCCACCCAGCGUCGAUAUACCACGAUACCGCGGGGAUACGCGACUGAUCUACCGCGUGCGCGCGAUCCCGAUCUCGAUCUCGAUUCCGAUCCGAAACUCGACCCGGUGUCAACGCGUUCGACCCGUUUUCCCGCGGCACGAGUGUUCUCCGACUAGCGUAGCCCAAGUGACAGUGCAAAGUGCGUGGAAACGGAGCAUCGAAGAGGGUUACCGCGAGUUUCGUACACAGAAGUGAAUCACGACACGCGAACGAAUCGUCGAUCGACGGUCGGUUCUCGGUCCGAUUUAGUGCGCGUUCGAUCUCUAUCCGAAUCGAGAGACGAAGGAAAACUUGGAGCUUCGAUCAUUAGCCUGUAGUGAAACGCGGAACGCGCGUGACGAACAAGGAUGUCGCCCUCGGGACGUCGAUCCCGAGGUAGCGCGUACUCUGUACGAGUGCGCGAGUGAGUGAGGAAUAUAGCCAAGUAAGUGCGUGGGUUUUGUUGGACCGCGUGACCGAGUUGGCGCGUUCACGCGUAAGGAACGAUACCGGUGUUGGACGGGUGUGGGUGAAGGUAGAAGAAGGAUCGAGGAAGAAAAGGCAAAGAGGAAAGAUAAAAGGAUCCCGGUAGGAUAAAGAAAAAGUAGUAAACCGGGCUAUAAAGGAAAGAUAGAAACGGCGAGGAGGCGGAAACCGUCUCGGGGUGGUCGGUGGUCGCGGCCGAGAAGAGGAAACCGGCAGGGUGGUUCGAGGAGGGACAGGAGGCGCUGACGCCCUGGCGACUGCCGGGGUGGUUUACCCGGCCGCGACAGCGACGUUGUUCCCUGGCCGGGUGUCAGCUGGACACCACCACCCCGAGUUCACCACCACGUUGGAGGUGGGGUUCCCGGCGCGCGGCACCACCGCCUCUAUGGCGUUGGUGGCCGCGCCGCCCUCGUGGCCCUCGCGGGACCCCGGGGCCAGCUUGGCCGCGACCGCAGCCGCAGCCGCCGCUGGAGCCGCUGCCGUGGCAGCCUCCACCGCUGGACCGGGCCCUAUACAGAUCGCGCCGCCUCCCCCGAUGCCCCCGACCCACCUAACACCCUCUGCUACCCCGGAGGACAUUACCUGCUUAGUGCCAGCCGGUGCGGUUCUCACGCCUCGGGACCCCUUGCCACCCAGCACUACCCCAGGAAGUCAAGCGAACAGUUCGCAAUCCGGCAGUUCGCAGACCGACAAAUCGCCCAACAUCGAGUGCGUCGUCUGCGGGGACAAGAGCAGCGGUAAACAUUACGGCCAGUUCACCUGCGAAGGAUGCAAAAGCUUCUUCAAGAGAAGCGUGAGGAGAAACCUAACUUACUCGUGUCGAGGGAAUAGGAACUGUCCGAUCGACCAACACCAUAGGAAUCAGUGCCAGUUUUGUCGAUUGAAAAAGUGCCUGAAGAUGGGCAUGCGUCGGGAAGUGCAAAGAGGUCGAGUGCCACCGUCGCAACCGUCGCUGCCAGGUCUACCCGGACAAUUCGCGCUGACGAACGGCGACGCGGUCGCGUGCGCCAGCCUGAACGGACACUCUUACCUUUCCUCCUACAUAAGUUUGCUGCUGAGGGCGGAACCGUACCCGACCUCCAGAUACGGCCAGUGCAUGCAACCGAACAACAUCAUGGGAAUCGACAACAUCUGCGAACUCGCCGCGAGAUUGCUAUUCUCCGCGGUCGAGUGGGCUAGAAACAUCCCGUUCUUCCCGGACCUUCAAGUGACCGACCAGGUCGCCCUGCUCAGGCUAGUUUGGAGCGAGUUGUUCGUGCUAAACGCGAGCCAAUGCUCGAUGCCCCUGCACGUGGCGCCGUUGUUGGCGGCAGCCGGUCUUCACGCAUCCCCAAUGGCAGCGGACCGGGUCGUCGCUUUCAUGGACCACAUCAGGAUCUUUCAGGAACAGGUGGAAAAACUGAAGGCGUUGCACGUCGAUUCCGCCGAGUACAGUUGCCUGAAAGCCAUCGUCCUCUUCACCACAGACGCUUGCGGAUUGUCGGACGUGGCGCACAUCGAGUCGCUUCAGGAAAAAUCUCAGUGCGCACUGGAGGAAUACUGCAGGACACAGUACCCGAAUCAACCUACGAGGUUCGGCAAGCUUUUGCUUAGAUUGCCGUCGCUUAGAACGGUGUCGUCCCAAGUGAUCGAGCAGCUGUUCUUCGUACGGCUUGUCGGGAAAACGCCGAUCGAGACGCUGAUCAGGGACAUGCUGUUGAGCGGUAGCAGCUUCAACUGGCCGUACAUGUCCACGAUGUGACAUUCUGUCUGGCGACAGCUAGCUUCCGCCUAAUACUGUCGCUCGCUUCCCGUCUCGUCUCGCGAUCCGGAGCCAGCGAUCGUUCAAACCACCGGCCAAUUUCCCUCCACGCCCCACGGUUUCUAACCGUUUCGGAAGCUUUCGUACUUGGACGUGUAUCGUUCGAAGAUGAGAAACAACAUCUGAAAGCCGACGAUGGUGGAUGGUCGAGGAAGGUAAAGAGAAAAGUGGGCGGCGGGUGCGUGCGCGUUACGAGGGAAGCCAGCUCGAAAGAAAGGGAGGGCGGAGAAAAGGAGAGACACGAUAAAGACGUUACUCGAACGAAGAAUCGAAGGCGCCGACUGGCUGUUCGAGCAGCACGGCCAGAAAGCGUUUAAAGUUUCUUUUGUGAGCGCGGCCCGAUCGAGCCGAUCGCAUCGGAUCGAUCGAGAAUAGAUAAGGACUACGUUCGCGUCGCCUGCUGAACCCGCAUCCGCGACAUUCUAAUUUCUAAGGACGCGUCCCGAACGAUCCGAAUAGCCGCAACCCUUCGACGGACGGAGAAGGAUAGCUGGUUAGCGAUAGUAACUUGCCGUGGCGUGGCGUGGCGUGGCGUGGCGUGGCGUGGCAUGGCAUGGCGUGGCGCGAAGAAAUCAUAAAUUAGCAUUUGUAAUCGACGGCGGGGGAUCUGGUAGAUCCUCGCUCGGUAUCUCGCAUCGAUCUUCGCGUCGAGUAAUUGCCGUUAGUCCAGUCAUGCCGAAGCCCUUAGUCAUUCGUUUCGACGUUUCGUUCUCCCCGUUCGUUGCCUCGUUCCCACCAAUUCUCCCAACGAUUCCACUAUCCUUCUCUUUUUUCCUGCUCGCGAAAAACAGUUCGCUUUCGAUCUCCACUCGCCUUCUGUCCACAGCGUCUACUCGCGAGCACGUUUCGCGCUGACACCGUAAAAUCGCACUUUUUAUCGAACCUUCAAACUUUUUCUCUUUAUUUUACCUCUCUCUCUCUCUCUCUGAACGUUGCCUCGCCGAGAAAACUUUUUACCUUCUUUUACGCUUCGAGUUGCGUCAAAGUUCUUCAAUUUUUAACGUUUUCGGUCAAUUUUUCGAUUACACGGAACGAGGAAACGAUAGCUGGGAGAAGAAAAAGGGAGCUGAUUUCAGUGAGGGCAACCGCGCGUACGAAAGGUAUAGGAACUCCGAGAAACGUCGAGCGGAACGUAACGGUUCAGCUGCGAGGAUAUUAUUUAUCGUUCGUCCGGGGUGUGCGGAGCUUCCGGAUUUUAAUCCCGCUAAUAGCCUUUGCCCCGGCUAUCCAGUUUAAGUUUGCGAUCACCCCCGAUUUACCGAUUAGCGUGAUUUAAAAAAAUGCGUCGAUGCGCGUUGUCUCGCAAAACCUUCUCCUUCCAUCGUAGAUUUGCGAAACUUUUAGCGACACCGUGUUCAGUUUGGCGGAAAAGCGAAUAAUAAUUAAAGCGAGAAAGCGAAAGGGUUGGUCGGUGACUAAACGAGCACCCGCGGACAAAUAUAUUUUUCUUCCGGAUGCGUUCGACGGUGAUGGUCGUUUGGUUUCCGGCGAACUUUGCGGUCCAUCGAAUGGCAAGUUGAGAAAAUCCGCGGGGAAAGGAUCGCGAGGAUAUUCGACAAACGCAAUGUGAUAUACACGUGUACGUGGAAAAUUAGAAUUCGAAUGUUUUUUCGAGAGACGGUGCUUCUUUUUUUAACGAGUUUAUAAAUAGUGUACGAUACCUGGAUGCGAUGCGAACGAUGCGCGUAUCGUUCGAGCGAAACGAGACAUUUUCAAAUGUACUGCGUUACGUUAAAUGUGGCAAUGUCGAGCUAGUUACUUAGAGAACCACUUAGGGGUAUAUGGGAUAUUUCUAAUAUUUUUAACCAGCGAUCGUUUCUUAAAAGCGACCCGCGAGCGCGUACAGACACACCGAUACACACCGACACAUACACAUAGGAAACGCGGACCGUCUCGAUCGGACGCGAUCCAAAACGGGGAUGAAAAUGUUUUCGAGUUCGGAUUCCGUUCGAGACGCGUACGCGUCGCGAAACGCUCGCGAGUGCUCGUCAAACUGAACAAUUGUAUUAUAUGUAUACCGACACACGACCGUUGCGUUACGACCGUUGAAUGUACGUAGGCCGAAAAAGACAUCUAUAUAAAGUUAUGUAUAAAGACGCGAGAACCUUUUUGUAUAAAACGUGUACAUAAUUAAUAUAUGCAUAUACAUAUAUAUAUAUAUAAAUAUAUAUAUAUAUAUAUAUAAAUACAAAUAUAAA